UCGGGCUCAGGAGGCGGGAGGGAAGGGCAUGGAGCUGCCACGCGUCGCGCCGGCGCCCGCUGGAAAAGAAACAGACACCGAGGGCUCAAGCGGCGGCGACACGGCUCUGCCAAACCCCGCCGCGGCCCGGGGCAGCUGUGGCCACCGGGGCCGGCUCCGGCGCGGGAAGGUGGCCAGGGCCACGUGUGGAACCGGCCCCGGAGGUGCGGCGGCGGCGGCGGGAGGGGACCGAGGCACCUACGGCACCGUCUUCAAGGCCAAGAACCGGGAGACGCACGAAAUCGUGGCGCUGAAGCGGGUGCGGCUGGACGAUGACGACGAGGGCGUCCCCAGCUCGGCGCUGCGGGAAAUCUGUCUGCUGAAGGAGCUGAAGCACAAGAACAUCGUCAGGCUCCACGACGUCCUGCACAGCGACAAGAAGCUGACCCUGGUCUUCGAGUUCUGCGACCAGGACCUGAAGAAGUACUUCGAUAGUUGCAACGGGGACUUGGAUCCGGAGAUCGUCAAGUCCUUCAUGUACCAGCUGCUGAAGGGUCUCGCCUUCUGCCACAGCCGCAACGUCCUGCACCGCGACCUCAAGCCCCAGAACCUGCUCAUCAACAGGAACGGGGAACUCAAACUGGCCGACUUCGGGCUGGCCCGCGCAUUCGGCAUCCCCGUGCGCUGCUACUCGGCCGAGGUGGUCACGCUCUGGUACCGGCCCCCCGACGUGCUCUUCGGUGCCAAGCUCUACUCCACCUCCAUCGACAUGUGGUCGGCCGGCUGCAUCUUCGCAGAGCUGGCCAACGCGGGGCGGCCGCUGUUCCCGGGCAACGACGUGGACGACCAGCUGAAACGGAUUUUCCGGCUGCUGGGAACCCCCACGGAGGAGCAGUGGCCGGCCAUGGCCAAGCUGCCGGACUACAAGCCCUACCCCAUGUACCCCGCCACCACCUCCCUGGUCAACGUGGUGCCCAAGCUCAACGCCACCGGCCGGGACCUGCUGCAGAACCUGCUGAAGUGCAACCCGGUGCAGCGGAUAUCGGCGGAGGAGGCUCUGCAGCACCCCUAUUUCACAGACUUCUGCCCCCCAUAGGGCCCCCCCGCCGCCGGCACGGCCCCCCCCGCACGCUGCCGGCCACGCUGGGGGGCGGGGGGGGGGAGCACAGCCCCCCAGGGCAGCGGGGGGGACGCCAGGUGAGGAGCGAGGUGCCAGCACCCCGACACCGCAGCGCCCCCCCCAUCCCCCCCAACCCCUAUUUAUUAGGUUUUUAACCCAACGCCGCCCCGGUUCUGCCCCGGCUGCGGGGGGCUGGUACGCCCCCCCCCCCCCCCCCCCAAACCCUGACCCCCCCCUCCCCCCAGCCCUGCGGGGGGGCCGGGGGCGCGGGGAGCCCUCCCCGGGGACACGGUGCCGGUGGAGGGGCAGGACCCUCCGGGACCAGGCGCGGGGACCCCGGGGGGGGGUGGGACGCCCCAUCCCUCCUCUCCUUGCCCCCCCC